UACGGCGCGCCGCUUGCCGAAGCCUGUGGAGCUGUGGGAACAGCCCAGAAUGCCUUCUGCUAAGCGGAGCAGACGCUAAGCCAAUGAACACUGGAUAAUGGGGGGUGUGUUUGGACCACAGGCUUGGGGCGGGACUUCCGGCAUCGCUCAGGUAGCGGCUGUUUCGUCUGCUGUUGCGUCUGUCCGCUCCAUCACAGCUUCAAGAAUGCGGUGUUGGGCCCAAGGUGAUGAGAGCGGUAAGGCUCGAACGGAAAAGUUGUCCCUUCCCAACUGCACAGCGACAUAUCUGAAGGUCAGCGGUGGUGGAUAACAGCUGUGCCCUCGUCCCUAUGCUUCUCCACCGCCCCUUACGACCCCGCUCGACCACACCUGCGAUGGCGGUCGCCGCAUGGAGGGACCCAGCUCAGGCCUGUGUGACCUUUGAAGACGUGGCCAUUUACUUCUCCCAGGAGGAGUGGGGGCUCCUUGAUGAGGCACAGAGGUUCCUGUACCAUGAUGUGAUGCUGGAGAACUUUACACUUACAACAUCCCUGGAUUGUCAGUGUGGAGGAGAGGAUGAGGAGAUCCCUUCUGAGCAGAGUGUUUCUGGAGGAGAAUCACAAGUCAGGACUUCUCAGUCAGUUCCAUCGACCCAGAAGACUCAUCCCUGUGAGAAGUGUGUCUCAGUCUUGAAAGACAUUUUGCAGCUGACUGAGCUCCAGGCAGCAUAUCUUGGGCAGAAACCAUACUUUGGUGGGGGGUCCAGCGGCUUCUGGUUGAAUGCAAGCCUUCACCAGUAUCAGGAGCAUGGCAAUGGAGAGAAAAACUUUAAAAUGGACGUGGACAGGGCCUCAAUUGUGACGAGCUGCAGACUCCAUGUGUCAGGGAAGCCCUUCCCCUGUGGGGAGGAUGGAAAAGACUUCCUAGCUACCUUGGGCCUUCAUCAGCACCAGACCACUCCCAACAGUGAGAAGCCACACAGCAGCAUUGAGUCUGGGGAGGCCUUAAACAAUGGAAAAAGUCAUAACAAGUGGAUUGAAUGCAGGAAAGUUUUUGGCAACACUCAUAUACUUCACCACCAGAGAGUCUGCACUGGAGAAAGUCUUGAUGAGUGUAGCAAAUGCAAAUACAGAUUUGUUCAGCACCAGCAAAUUCACGUUGGAGAAAGGCCUUAUGAGUGUAGUGAAUGUGGGAAAUUCUUUAGCCGUAAAACCCACCUCAUUCGACACUGGAGGGUUCACACAGGAGCAAAGCCUUAUGAGUGCAGUGAAUGUGGGAGGUCUUUUAGCCAGAAAUCUGACCUCAUUCAACACCAAAGAGUUCACACUGGAGAAAGGCCUUAUGAGUGCAGUCAAUGUGGGAAAUCUUUUAUCCAGAAAUCCAUCCUCAUUAAACACCAGAGAGUUCACACUAAUGAAAGGCCUUAUAAAUGCGAUGAAUGUGGGAAAUCGUUUAGCCAAAGUUCUGGCCUCCUUCGACACAAGAGCGCUCACACUAGAGCAAGACCUUAUGAGUGCAGUGAAUGUGGGAAAGCCUUUAACUGUAAAACCCACCUCGUUCGACACUGGAGAGCUCACACUGGAGUUAGGCCUUAUGAGUGCAGUGAAUGCAGAAAAUCUUUUAGUGAGAAAUCUGUCCUCAUUCAACACCAAAGAGUUCACACUGGAGAAAAGCCUUAUGAGUGCAGUGGAUGUGGGAAAGCCUUUAGCCAGAAAUCUGUCCUCAUUCAGCACCAAAGAGUUCACACAGGAGAAAGGCCGUAUGAGUGCAGUGAAUGUGGGAAAUCCUUUAGCCGCAAAACCCACCUCAUUCGACACCGGACGGUGCACAAUGGAGCAAGACCUUUUGAUUGCAGUGAAUGUGGGAGAUCCUUUACUCAGAGCUCUGGUCUCCUUCGACACAGGAGAGCUCAUGCAGUGAGUAUAGGAAAUCCUUUACCUGCAAAUCUGACGUUGGUCAACACCAAAGAGUUCACACUGGAAAAAGGUCUUGCACAUGCAGUGAAUGUGCUUUUUUCUUACUUAGCAUCAUUGUAUUGGACGAAAGUCUCUGUGAGGAACCAUCUGCGUGAAUUGAAUCUCGCGUCAGGAUAUCCACAGACUAGGGAUACAUUGCCAAACUGUAAUCUAAAAUGUUUGUGUUUUUUUGCAUUCCCACCAGCAGUGUGUGAGACUUCUAAUUCCUUCACACCAUUGUCAAUACCUGUUCCGGAGCGCUCCGUGGGGGCUGAGAUGACUGAAAUAAGGAGGUCCGAGUGGAGGUGUCCCCGUUGCACAGAGGCGGGUCUGAGGUUCGGCGACACAGCCCGGGGUGUCCCGCAUCAAACCCUGGAUAGGGCCGGCCGUGGCUGGGUCCCCUCUGUUCUCCCGCCCCUACCGGCCCAGCUCCGCCCACAGAGUCCGAUGGCGAUGGCGGCGCUAAGGGACCCGCCUCAGGGCAGUGUGACUUUGGAGGACGUGGCUGUGUACUUCUCCUGGGAGGAAUGGAGUCUCCUUGAUGAGGCUCAGAGACACCUGUACCAUGAUGUGAUGCUGGAGAUCUUUACACUUAUAUCCUCACUGGGUUGUUUGUGUGGCAUAGAGAAUGACAAGGCUCCUUCAGGACAGAGUGUUUCUCAGGAAAGAAUGCCACAAAUCAGGACUCUAAAGCCAGAUCUGUCAACCCAGAAAACUCAUCUCUGUGAGAUGUGUGUUCCUGUCAUGAAGGACGUUUUGUACCUGGCUGAGCAUCAAGGAACGUAUACUGGGCAGAAAUCGUGUACAUGUGUAGCAUGUGGGGAACAAUUCUGUUUCAGGGUGAAUCUUCACCAACACCAGAAGGAGCACAGUGGGGAAAAACCCUGCAGCAAGGGUAUGAACAGGACCUCCUUUUUGAAGAGCUAUGGAAUCUAUUUGUCAGGGAAGCCUUUCACCUGUGGGGAGGGUGGAAAGGACACCGUGGGCCUUUUCCAAUACCAGUCCACUCCCAAAGCGGUACUGAGUAUACACAGCAGUACUGGCUGUGAGGAGGCCUUUCACUGUGGAAAAGGUCCUUACAAGUGUGAUGAAUGUGGGAAAGCCUUCUGCCACAAACGUACACUUGUUCAGCACCAAAGAAUUCACUCUGGAGGACUGUAUGAGUGCAGUGAAUGUGGGAAAACCUUCACUUACAAGCACACAUUUCUUCGGCACAAGACACUUCAUACUGGAGAAAGGCCUUUUGAAUGCAGUGAAUGUGGGAAGGCCUUCAGGUUCAAAUAUAAACUUGUUCAGCACCAGCGUAUUCACACUGGAGAAAGGCCUUAUGAGUGUGCCGAAUGUGGGAAAGCUUUUGGGUGCAAAUCCAAACUUGUUCGGCACCAGAGAAUUCACACUGGAGCAAGGCCUUAUGAGUGUACUGAAUGUGGCAGAUUCUUUAGACAAAGCUCCAGCCUUGUUCAGCAUCAGAGAAUUCACACAGGAGCAAGGCCUUAUGAAUGUGGUGAAUGUGAGAAAUCUUUUAGCCAAAACUCCAGCCUCAUUCAGCACCGCAGAAUUCACACUGGAGAAAGGCCAUAUGAAUGCAGUGAAUGUGGGAAAUCCUUUAGCCAAAGCUCCAGCCUCGUUCAACACCGAAGAGUUCAUACAGGAGCAAGGCCUUAUGAGUGCAGGGAAUGUGGGAAAUCCUUUAGCCAAAGCUUCAGCCUCAUUCUACAUCGGAGAAUUCACACUGGAGAAAGACCUUAUGAAUGCGGUGAAUGUGGAAAAUCUUUUAGCCAAAACUACAGCCUCAUUCAGCACCAUAAACUUCACACUAGAAAAAGGCCACAAGAGUACAGCCAACAUGAGAAAGCCUUCAGUUAACAGUCUGCUCUUAUUCAACACCAAAAUCUCACAACUCAGAUCUAAGUUUUAGUUAUUCAGCUAAUGUGGAAAAAAUACCUUUUGCAUGAGGAAAUCUACAUAAGAUAAUGGCCUUAGACCUUCAGGGAAUGUGCUAUCUCUUUGCUCAGUGUGAUAGCACUAGGGAUCCUCUAUGAGGAGUCAUCUGCCAUGAGUUCCAGGUUUGCCUUGUCCGGAAUGUCAGAGUUGGAAUCAUACAAGUACACUACACGGAAACUGGGCGUGGGCUUCUUAAGAAGAGUGAAGCUCCGCCCCGUCCUCGGAGCCGUGAGGCCCCAGCGUCCCUUGUGGUUCCACGCGAGGGCGUCAACCAGUCGCUGCGGCCGAUGGCUCAGC